AUGACGGCGAUUCUGGAACUUUGGCACCCUGUUGAAGGACUCGAAGACCUUGGACACCGCUGGAAGCGGUUCUCGUCGACUGUUCUCCACAAUGCUGUGCUCUGGGGCGACUACGCCCAACAGCCGUAUCUUGCAAUCAUGAGCGCCCAGGCCGAGGCUUACUUCCCUGACAUCCUCCACCUAUACAGUCACUUGGUUCCACAAGACCUCAUCAACUACGACCAGGACAUCAAUGCUGGCUCAGAAGAGAGUGGAGAGGAUGCUGAAUUUGUCAAUGACGGGAGCCCUGGAGUCCGCUCGUUGGACAUGGACAUGGGCUCCAGCGACGAUGGCAGUGACGACGAGUCUGUCUGCUUGUCGGUCAUUGAGGUUAUGAACAUUGAUUCCAGCCUAGAUGACAGUAACUAUGAGCCGCUAGUAGAUCAUCAGUUUCCAUGGGCGAGGCACACAACAAGCAUCCUUGACAAGCUCCCUUUACUCGAGGUCGCCGAUGUCCAACGUCUCUCUCAGAUGCCCGACUUCAGAAGUCUCUGCAAACGCCGAAUAAACCUGAUGUGGCGUUCUCCCAAAGAGGGCGAAACGGAGUACUGCCCUUGGGUCGGCAACCGCACUAUGGAGGCUGCCCAGCAGCAUAUCAUCGCUUGGGCCACUUCCGCUCUCAAGGCGGUGCAUGCCUGUCAACGCAUGCGCGAUAUGUUCGAGGAUGGGGUCAACUCCAACUGA